AUGGAUAUAAACUAUGAAGGCUGGUAUCGAUGUAUUAGAAGCAAACAGAACUUGCAAACCACGCAGCAAACAGUGAAUUUCACGCCAAUCUCAAUCUUCUCCACCACCACCACCACCGCUGCCGCAGGAUUCUAUAACGACACGAUAGGCCGUCCUCCGAACCAAGUCUACGGCCUGGCGUUGUGCCAAGGUGACCUCUCUCUCGGUGCCUGCCAGGGAUGCCUCAAUGCCUCCGUCACACUAAUCACCGACAGAUGCCCCACCGGAAUGAACUCCACCGUAUGGUACAACCACUGCAUGCUCCGCUACUCCAACGAAAACUUUUUCUCCACCGUCGACAUUAUUCCCUACGUCGUCUAUGUAAAAAACCUCGCGAUGCACAACGCAUCGGACCCACGGAUCCUCAUCUUCCAGUUGGGAAAUCUGAUGAACAGACUUUAA